CUCAGGCCAUCUCUAACUAGGACACUCUUAUCGCUACAACUCGGCCACUUAUCCUCCCAAACUCGACCCCUUCCAACCACACCACUUACCUCCUCUACUCGGCCCCCUCCAACCGGCAAGAUUGAUUCCCCAACGAGCGACAAGGGCCUUGGGGUGGAGGUGCAGCCCAAGAAAAACAGAUGCCGCACUUGCCUCCGCUUCCACCUCACCGCCUUCUUCACCCUGGUGGCGUGCUUCAGCUCCUUCGCCUUCCUCUUCCUCGUGCCCUUCAUCAUCGACCCGGCCUUCUCCACCAUCUUCGCGGACUUCGACACGGAGCCGCGGAUGUGCGUCACCAAAGAGUCAGUGUCCCUGAACGGCGCCAGUAACUGCUCGUGGUCUUCGUGUCGCGAGGGAUGCACUAAGGAGAUCUUCGAGUGCCUUCACAUCUACGUCAAUUACAGGUACGACCCGGAGGGACUCAAGAAUGGGAUCAACUUCACGGAGGCGGAGGAGAUAGACUUAGAAACCUGGGAUGUCUACGAUGCAAGGCUCUAUCCGAACGUCAAAGGCUGCGGCUACCCACCGACCGUCAACUGCACAACAUUUGCCGCUAACUACAAGAAAGUCGGGAAGACGUACCCUUGCUACUACUCCAAGAAGAUCCCCACCAUGGUCCUCGACGCUCUGGACAUCCCGGGGGUGAAGAGGGACCUGGUGUAUGCCAUUGUGGUGCCGUGGGGCUGCUUCUUCGUGUCCAUUCUCUACAUCAUGGUGACGUACGCGGGAAUGAGAGGCCCGGACGAGGAGGACGACAAGGCGCAGGAGGUGAGCUCGAGCAAGGCGUCCAAAGAGGCAUCCAACUACUCCCUGCGCUCCAUUGGCAAGACGAUAAACCACGGCAUGAACAAGCUGAGAGGGGAGCCCGAUGACAAGGGGCGGGACGGAGGAGGAGGAGGAGUAGGAGGAGGAGAAGGAGGGGGAGUAGGACUAGGAGGUGGAGGAUUAGGAGGAGGAGGAGGGCAGAAGUGGCAGCAUCAGCAGCAGCAGUCUCCCACUUCCUCCUCCCCGCUAGAGCCCCACUUGCUCCUAGCCCCCGCCUCCCUGCCCGAGGUGCUGUGUGUCAAGAGGACAGCUCUCCCCCCUUGGAAAGGACCCCCUCUCCCCCGACCGGCAAGAGAUCCCAUUGAGACGUCCUUCCAAGAGGCUGAGCUGCGCGACCACCGGCACCUCCAGCAGCGGGGCGGGGAGUGACAGCGGGCGGCGGGGCUGAGGGCGGGGCUGCAGCGGGGCAUCAGGGGGCUCAAGCAGGGGCUGGAGGGGCUGAGGGAGGCCCGUCAUCGAAGGAGGCACAAAUAGCACAGGUUGUUCAGCUUCUUCAGGAGGGAAGCUUGGGUCUGAUGCUUAGUUGUGCUUAGGUUCAAUCUUCUGUACUUUUUUUAAAUUCUUUUUUUAUUAUUAUUUUCUGUGUAUAUUGUAUUUUUUCUAUAUUUGUUGGUGUUCUUCUCUUUCUUGAUCUCUUUUUUUCUCUGUUUAUUUUUGCCGUCACCAAUUUUUGUCUGUGUACAGUAUUUUUUUUUUUUUUUCGAUUUUUCUUUAAUAUUCUGCUCUUUUUACUUUUUUUCUUUUUUUCGUUUGUUUAGUUUUUUUAUUUCUUUGUGUGUGUAUUAUGUUUUCUUUUUUAUUUCCUUUUUUGUUUCUUUAUACGUAUUUAUUUUUACUUUUUUUUUAUCUGUCCUUGUUCUUUAUAUCUUUAUAAUUUUUCAUGUCAUUUUAUUUAUUUUAUUCCUGUAUUUUCUUUUCUUUUUUUCACUAUAAAGAUCUGGUUUCUCUACAUUUUAUUUAAACAUUUUUUUUCCAGUCUUUUCCUUGAUUGCUUCCUCAAUUUCUCUCUCUCUCUCUCUCUCUCUCUCUCUCUCUCUCUCUCUCUCUCUCUCUCUCUCUCUCUCUCUCUCUCUCUCUCUCUCUCUCUCUCUCUCUCUCCCUUGCCAUUUCCUUGAUUACCUCCUUUUUUCCCAUUUUUGAGCAAACUUUUUUCCUCAAUUCCUUCCGUCCUCUCCAUUUUCCAAACACCCUCCCUCCUUACCCAUUCCUUCCCUCCCUCCUUCCCUCCCUCCCUCCCUCCCUCCCUCCCUCCCUCCCUCCCUCCCUCCCUCCAUUCCCCCCUUCCCUCCUCCCUCCAGACAAUAACACAAUACCCUUCUUUCCUCCCUUCAAGAAUUUUGGAGGUAGGAAAAGAGGAAAAGUAUAUAGAGGAAGAAGAAUGUUGCUCCUUUUUGAUACUAAGACGAUACGUUGUGAGAAAGUGACGAUGCUUUGUGACACGCACCAGCACCAACAUUACCAGAGACAGUGUGUGGAAGGGGAGAACGAUGCAUUGUGGGAGAAAGUCAUUAAUCACGGGUGAGAGAGAAGAUUGGAGUGGAUUUUUCUAUUAUAAUAUAUGUUUUUUUUUUCUUGUUUUGUGUGAAUGUUUUUUUUUGUUUUUUUUUGAAGGGGCGGAUUUGUUGAUGUCUUCGAUUUUUUUUAUAUGUCAAAAAAAAAGCAGGUUAUUCAUUAUAUCCAACUUUUCUUUUGAUUAUUCCGAGGUCAGUUUGAUUUGCUUAUGUAUUAGUGUGACCGACCAAGGGUAAAAAAAAUAUAUAUAUAUAUAUAUAUAUAUAUAUAUAUAUAUAUAUAUAUAUAUAUAUAUAUAUAUAUAUAUAUAUAUAUAUAUAUAUAUAUAUAUAUAUAUAUAUAUAUUGGUAAAAGAAAAUUUGUUGACAAUGCCGUCAUCAGCCUGGUCUGCCUGUCACAAGGAAUCGCUCACUCGUUCGCUCAGAGAUGAAUAAAUGCGGAAAUAUACAUGAAAAUAUCAGGAAAAUGGUUCUGAAUCGUGGUAAUCAUAUAGAAUCAUGCCAAACAUCUCCCAACAUGUUUCCUCACUUGCCAAAAGAUGAGUAAAUGUUUAAUGUCGCCACCUUGAUAAACAAACAGCUAGUCUUUUUUUUUUUUUUUCGUAAGGUAAAGAUGAACAGUCUCACUUUAUUUUUUCAUAUUUUAGUUUUUGGUCAAAAAAAAAAAAAAAAAAAACUAAAAUCAUUAUCAGACCACUUGAUUCCUGGACAUUACCAAUCACUUAUACAAUCAUAAAUAAUAAAUAAGAUAAUAAAUCUAGAAACACUCGAAAAUAUAGUUUGUUUACAAGGCUGACGAUCUGUAAGCUUUUAAGAAUUACUACAUUCGUCCGAAAAAUAAAUAAAAGUCGAUGAAAGAACCUUUCCAAUGACAGGGACGAGUGGCCAGUUCCUGUGUAUAUUUCAUGAGUGUUUCCACCAGCAGAGGGCAGAGGGCAGGCUGUUCCAUAUAUUCUUGUACUGCGUGACUUUGACCGCGAGAACACUUAUUAGAUAGACAACACGGAAGCGAGUGAGGGGUGGCGCACACACACACACACACACACACACACACACACACACACACACCAUGGCCGUGCCUCCUCCCCAACCUUCCUUCCUUCUCUUGCACUUCGUUAAGGAACAAAAGAACAUCAGAGGACAAGGGAAGCUGCAGGAAGUCAUCAGGCCUCCACGUGGCAGUCCCUGUGCAAAACAUGCUUACCGAUUUCCACUUCCUAAUAUUCAUAAUUUUUUAAGUAUGUUUUGUGUGACUUUAAGAAUAAUUAAAAAUUUAAAAAAGAGAGAGAUAAGAAGAACUGAAGGAAAAAUGAAAGGAAAGAAAGAAGGAAGAAAGGAAGGAAGGAAGGAAAGAAGGAAAGAGAAUUACGAAAUAAUGGUUGUGUGUGUGUGUGUGUGUGUGUGUGUGUGUGUGUGUGUGUGUGUGUGUGUGCUUAAGUGUAAGUUUAUGUGCGUGUGUGUGUGCCCGCCACUUAUUACACGUAAAUAAUAAGACAACUUACUUCAUAAUGUACGUAUAGAGAAAAAAAAAAAGAAAAAAAAGUACCCGUUAUUUUGAAACAAAUAGAAAUCUUUCACGACCGCCUCCAUUUUUAGUGUGUGUGUGUGUGUGUGUGUGUGUGUGUGUGUGUGUGUGUGUGUGUGUGUGUGUGUGUGUGUGUGCGCGCGUCUGUCUGUGUGUGUGUACGUGGCUUGUUUACGUACUCUAGCGGCGGUUUGUUUGCUUCGUUAAGAACACAAAAAGAGGAGGAGGAGGAGGAGAAGGAGGUGGUGGAGGAGGAGGAGGUGGAGGUAGAGGAGGUGGAGCAGGAGGAGGAGGAGGUGGAGCAGGAGGAGGAUAAAAGAUUCAAGUGACCAUAAAUGUUUUUCCUCUCGCUGCAAAAUGACAAAGAAAAAAGAAAGAAAGAAAAAGAAAGAAGAAGAAAAGAAAGAAAUGUGUGGAAUAUGUGAGUAGCGGGCAGAUCGAUUCAUUUUUGUUUUUGUUGUCGCUGAUGUGGCGUUCGGGAAUCAGUGAACGAACAAGAAAGAAAGAAGAAGAAGAAAAAAAAAACAUUAAGAAUUCUAGAUGUAAUUUUUUCUUUCUUUUUAUCUUCUUUAGUAAUUCAUGUGGCAUUCGAGCAUCAGCGAAAGAAAAGAAAGGAAUGAAGUAAGAAAAAGAAGAAGAAGAAGAUGAUGAAGGGAAGAAAGAAAGAGUAAAAAUUUUAGAUUGUUUUUUUAAAUUAAAGAAAUGCGUUGUGAUGGAAAGUUUGACAGUUUUCUUUAAUUAUUUUCCUUACUGUCUUAUUAUGCUUUAUUUUAUGGAUUCGCGUUCGUGUGUCCCGCAUAGUAAUGAUAAUAAUAAUAAUGAUAAUAAUAAUAAAACUUCCUGACUCAGAUAAUUAGAAAAUACAUAGAGAAAUAGAAAGUAAUACGAGGAAAUUAAAACACCCACAACAUACAACACACACACAUCUUUUAUGUACAUAUGCAAACAAGAAAUACACAGGAAGAAAAAGUAUAAUGAUAAUAAUAAUGUGUGGGCUUUUCAUGACAGAUAUAUAAACAUGCAGAUAUAUUACAGUAAGAUUUUAAAUUACUUUGCAUCCGUUUGCCUCGAGAGUGUGUGCGUGUGGUUAUAUCUAACUAAAUUAAACUAACUUAACUUAAUUAAACAGACGUGCUGUCUAACUUAACAAUAAAUGCACUCUUGUCUUUCUACAUAUUUGCAAAAGAAAAAAAUGGACUGGCAUUAUUUUCUACUCAAUGAAUAAUUUAAUUGCCACUUUGCUUGUUUGUAUCACCACUUAUUGAAAUAUUAUUGCUACCACUGUUACUGUUACUACUAUUACUACUGAUGAUGGUAAUAAUGAUGAUGAUGGUGAUAGACUGGAAGAGGAAAUACAACUGCAAAAUUUUUACAUAUUCAAAGGAUGGUGACGAUGAUAAUGUUGAUAAAAAUGAGGAUAAUGAUGAUGAUGAUGAUUCUAAUGAUGGUGAUAGACUGGAAGAUGAAUGAAUUAGAAGCACGGAGUUCGCACAUACGUAAAUGAUGUUGAUGAUAAUGAUAGCACAGGUAUACAAUGGUCACUAAUUAAUAAAUAAUACGAAAAAAUAUAUAUAUAUAAUGAGUGUAGGUUUAUUUUUUCACCUGCACACACACACACACACACACACACACACACACACACACACACACACACACACACACACACACAAACGCACGUACACGCAGCAAAGUAAAUAAAAGACAUGUUUUUUGUUUAUUCAUCACCGAAAAAAAAUUUAAAAAAAAAUAAAUGAAAAAUACAAUACAAAAAAAUUCGUUUACAUUUUUACAACUCUCUCUCUCUCUCUCUCUCUCUCUCUCUCUCUCUCUCUCUCUCUCUCUCUCUCUCUCUCUCUCUCUCUCUCUCUCUCUCUCUCUCUCUCUCCAUUUUCUGUUUGAGUCAUCUCCGUUUUCUUUCCCUAGUGACGUAGAAGAGAAAACGGGCGCCACUAAAUACAUGGGUGACUGUAGGAAAAGUAGCAAAAAUAAUAAAAAAAUAAUAAAAAUAAAAUAAAAAUAAUAAUGUACUUGUGUAUAUAUACCAACUCCUACCAUUAGGGUUCUGAAUAACACUGUCAGACUUUGAAGAGGUGUUACUAUAAAUGGCAACACUUAAAAACUGCUUUUCUUGUUAUCUUCUAAGGAAUAACUAUUUUUCUUUUAGGAUGGGGAAGUACAUAAGUUAAUGAAUGGGUAAAUAUAUUUAUAUCUUAUUGUAACGCUGCGUCUGUGUGGCAUCCAGUAUCACGUGUCUUAUCUACGAGUUUUAAUGUGAAGAAGAAGGAAGAAGAGGAAGGAGAAGGAGGAAGAACGAGUAAUAAUGUUUAAUGAUAGUGAAUGUAAUAGUGUUCAUCUUUCACCUCCCUGUCUAUCGUUAUUUAUUUUGUUUAUUGCAUUGUUAUUAUUAUUGUUGUUGUCAUCUCUGCCUCUCCUUCCUUUCUCUCUGUUUCAUUGGAUCACUGUAUGAGAAUUAUUAUAUUCGUAAAUAAAACAUUGCAAAAAAAAAUACUACGGUGAGAUAAAAAUAUA